UUCGCCUCAAUGCGCCACAGGUCCUGGCAAUGCCCUCUCCAGAGAGCUCCUAACACCAUUUUCCCUUGCUUGACAAGCCACUGGCUUCGUCUGCGCGCUUUCUCUGUGGCCUCCUCACUUCUGCGCACGACGCUGGUCCCAUCAACGGCUUCUCCACGUUCAGCCGAUGGCUUCUCCAGCGAGCUCGAGUCGCGUUCUCCUUGCUUCUCCAUCCAGGACUGGUACCAAAGAAGCCACCAACAUUAUGGUGACAAUUUCAACUAUUCUAAUGAACGCCAUUUUGUCAGAGACUUUAUCUCCUUCCAUCAUCACCGAACAGCUUAUUAGGCCAAACUUCAUUUAGUCGUCUCAAUCAGUGACAAGUUUAUUCCAUGAGAUAUAUAUAAGAUUAUUUCACAGAUGGUGAUCACAUACCCAGUGGAAGAGAACAAGUAUUGGUCAUAUAAGGCUAUAAAUAGUACAGUGGAUUCAAGACUAGUAAGUUCCAAGCAAAUAGACAACAAUGCAGGAAGAUGAUGGAACAAAUAAAAAAAUGUAUCCUAGUUUCUACUAGGUAUGGUUAAAAAUUUAAGACUGCCAAUUUCUAGAAGUAAUAAGCACAAUUUAAUUAAAAAAUAAUGCCAUUAAUUCAAGGAAAACUGAAUAAAACCUUAAUGUAGCCUUAGCAGAAAAUAUAUAUAGAAUUAGCAGCAGUUUUUGUGGCUCGGUACAUACCUGCUUUACAUCCCUGUCAAAGGGACUACUUCUCCUAGCAUCCGCCAUCGAUGUUCCCAAGUCACGCGGCAUUCAAACCAAU